AUGCAUUUCUCUCUCCUACUCCUUGGAGUUGCUGGAUUGAGUCACGGUCUAUCGACAAACAACCAUGUUUCAAGAUGUGGGAACCCGGAGCCUUCCAUAGGACUCCAGGAAGUUUCCCGUCGGCUCUCCGUUGAAGAAAAUCAAGCUCGUGUCUUUGGGUUAUACACAAAGACCACUCUGGCUGUUGAUGUAUAUUUUCAUACAAUCUCCGCAUCCUCAGAUACGCUACUUUCGGACCCGACCCUAAACGAGCAAUUCAAUAUCUUGUCUCAAGACUAUGGGGUGUAUGGCAUCAAUUUAAACCUAGCUGGAAUCUCAAAGACGGUGAACGCAACUUGGUCUCGGUUUGAGGAUCAAUUGGGCAUGAAGACACAGCUUCGAAAUGGGACAUACAAAGACCUUAACAUCUACUUUCUUGACUCUGUCGGCGGAGCCUACGGCGUAUGCACAUACCCUUUAAACACGACAGCUGGAUCAACUGACUUUUACUUGGAUGGGUGUACUGUAUUGGCGACUACUGUACCCGGAGGUACCGAAAAGCCUUAUGAUUUGGGGAAGACGGCCACACAUGAGGUCGGUCAUUGGUUUGGUCUAUUCCACACUUUCAAUAAUGGAUGUAAUGGUGGUGACGAGGUAGAUGACACACCCCCACAGGCUACAGCGACUUAUGGCUGUCCUGCAAGUAAGGACACCUGUCCUGAUAAACCUGGCGAGGACCCUAUCCAUAACUAUAUGGAUUAUUCUGACGACGAGUGCAUGUAUGAGUUUACUGAAGGCCAGAUUAAUCGGAUCCUAAGCUUUUGGACACUCUACCGGAGCUGA